AUGUCCGGUCCGCGCAGACCACCUCCUCCCAUACCAAAACCAGGUCAUGUUCAAGUCGUAAGAGCUUUGUACAAUUACACAGCUCAACAGCCAGAUGAAAUCAGCUUCGAAGAAGGAGAUAUUUUGUACAUAAUCGACAGGGGCACUGGUCCAUGGUGGAAAGCAAAAGUUGGGGGCAAGACAGGAUUGAUACCAUCUAAUUAUGUUGGUGAGCACACUGAAUCAGUAGAAAAUCCUCUACAUGAAGCAGCAAAAAGAGGCAACAUCGGCUUUCUUCAGGAAUGCCUUCAAAACAAAGUAUCAGUCAAUGGCCUUGACAAGGCGGGAUCCACCCCUCUUCACUGGGCAGCACAAGGAGGACACACAGAAUGUGUAAAGAUAUUACUUGCCCAGCCAAGAAUUCAGAUAUCAGUUCAGAACAAGCUGGGAGACACCCCUUUGCAUUCAGCUUCAUGGAAGGGUCAUCCAGACAUUGUGGAGUUACUGCUAGAGCGAGGGGCAAGAACAGACAUACAGAACAAUGAAAAACAAACUCCUGCUGACCUAGCAAGAGAUCCAGAUGUUGGUAGACUGUUACGAGGGGCUGUUGAAGCCCCCAGUGCAGACGAUUAUGGUGAAGAAGAAGAUUCUGAUUGAGAUAACUUGAUAAAAGUUUGUUUUAAUGCAGCAAGAGGAGAUAAAACUCAUUAGCUAGUAAAUAAUAAUUAUGUGAAAGGACAUUUUCACAUCAGCAUUACACCAGCACAGUACAGUUGUUUCAUGUCACUGUUUUCAUUCUCAGCAUGAUGUAUACUCAUAGGAAAUUUCUAUAUUUUUUUCAUUAACAUCCUUGUCAAUCAGUGAUGAGGGUAUACCUAAUCUGUGACAAAAGAUACAUUUUAACUUUUUUGUGUAAAGAUAAGCUUGUCAAACACCUGGUACCUUGGUUUAUGCAGUGAGUAUGGUUGGAGGGAUAGAAGGCAAUUUAUAUUCUUCAUCUUGCUGGAAGUUUGUGUACUGCAUUAUACAUUUUAGAAUACGUAAAAUCCUAGAAUACAUAUUCAUAUGAUGAUAAAAAUAAUUACUUACAGUGUGGCCAUUGUCACCAAGCUUUAAUGCAGAAAAAAAGACUAGACUGAUCUCAGGAAUUUAGGAAUGUUAAUUCCUAUUCAUCUUUAAUUGUUUGAUAGCACCAGCCUGGUAAAGAAUUUGCUGAUGGUGCAAGGAGAAAUUAUUAUUUAGCUUUUGUGUAGAAUGAAAGAAAGCUUACUCAUGAUAAUCAUAGGUAAGAGAUGAAUAAGAAGUUUAACCCUUUUACUCCUGUGAGUGACUGAGAAAAAAAUUCUCCUUAUUUUAGUAUACAAUAGUGUUCUCCUUUUCAGGCAGUAACCAGUAACAUUUAUGGCCUGUAGUACCUCUUAUUACCAUUUAAAAUUGCUUGGAAUUCUUGAAAAUUCAACAGGUAAAAGGAUUGCUUCACCGGUUUGAAAAUUUAUUUUACCUGUCAUGCUUAAAAUAGGGGAGAACACUGAUACAAUAUCAUGAAGGCAAGUGAUGAGAAUAAAGAAAAGUAUCAGUUAUGGGAUUACUACUUGAUCUGAUACCAAAUCCUCCAAACUAACAUAAUGAGAAUCAUUUGGCAGACAGUAAGGAGAAUUACGAAAGAGAUCUUGGGAGCUAAAGGGUUAACAAAUAUAAUUAUCAGUAACUUUUCAUUGAUUGUUUAAGUACAGCAUUUUGUAGGAGAGAGACAGAUCUAAUACAGGGAAUGAAUGGAAAUUAACACUGAAGUUACAAAAUUUUCUAUAAGAAAAACAAAAAUGAAAAAAAUUAAUGAGCCAAGUAUCCUUCCAGACAGAAGACACUAACAAUGUUGUAAUAUUGUGUAUAGAACUCUGUUCUUUACCACAAACUUGUUACAGAACUUUAUUUUGGAAAAACUUUCAAUAAAAUAAUUUUGCAGACAGCAAUCCCUUAGUAUUUAUUUGAUCUUACUUAAACUGGUUACCUAAGUAUCAAAUUUAAUGAGGACAUUGCGUGCACAUGAUUGUUUUCAGCUGUAUCUCUCAGUUUUGUUAGUAGAAAGAAAAACUAAUAAAUUUUUUCCGUUUAUUCUUAACCAUCUUAAGACUGUGCUCAGGGAACCUACUGACAAUGAUUUUAACUUAAUUUCUUGUGUCAAUAAAAGACAGAAGUGAAUACA